GUUGCGUUUGUGGAGCCAAAUCACACACGAAAGCGUCUACUUCUCUACAAAAGGGGACGGGCGGCCCACCACCUACUGCCACCGCCCACCUUAAGUUUGCCUUGCGUCAAUCUCUAAAAACAUUCUGCGGGGAAACCAUUAGCUAUUAGGUGAACAAACAUGGUGGUGGCACGAUCUAUUUUAGGCUUUAAAUCCAAGUUCGCAAUUGUUGCCACUGCCUUGGGCGCCGGUGCUGGUGCUGCGGCCAUCGCUAAAUCGGAUGAUCCUGCCACUUCCCUCAAGCUCUGCACCACUGUCCCCGUCCGCCUCUUUCGCCUCUCCCUCACCGCUGCUACUAUUGCCUUCGAUUAUGAGUAUUCACUAUGGGGACUCCCAGAAGAUGUCAAUGAGAGGACAAGAGUUAAACAUGAAGUCCACACCAGAAGUGCACGUAGGCUUGAAGAACUUUGCCUCAACAAUGGUGGAAUAUACAUCAAGCUUGGUCAACAUAUAAGCCAACUGGAAUAUUUGGUACCUCAAGAGUACAUUAACACAUUGAGGGAGUCAAUGUUGAACAGGUGUCCUACUUCUUCCUAUGAUCAAGUAUGCCAAGUUGUCAAGAGAGAGCUUGGUGGGCCACCUGAAGAAAUAUUUGACGAAUUUGACCCUGUCCCUAUUGCAAGUGCUUCUCUUGCUCAAGUUCAUGUUGCUCGCACUCAUGAAGGAGACAAAGUUGCUGUGAAGGUACAACAUAUGCACAUGACAGAUACUGCUGCUGCAGAUUAUGCAACAGUUGAAUUAAUUGUCAACACUUUGCAUUGGAUCUUUCCUUCAUUUGAUUACAGGUGGUUGGUAGAUGAAGUACGCGACAGUCUACCCAAGGAACUAGAUUUCUUAAAUGAGGCCAAGAACAGCAUAAAAUGUAUGGAUAACUUUCGAAGGUUAUCUCCUGAUAUUGCAGAGUAUGUUUAUGCCCCUUUGGUAUAUUGGAAUUUAAGCACCACAAAAGUGUUGACCAUGGAGUUUGUGGAAGGUGCAGAAGUCAAUGAUUUGAAGAGCAUUAAAAAAUUUGGAGUUUCACCACAUGACAUUGCCAGACUAGUGAGUAGAACAUUUGCUGAAAUGAUGUUCAAACAUGGAUUUGUACACUGUGAUCCACAUGCUGCUAACUUAAUAAUUCGCACAAUGCCUUCUCAACGAAGUGGCAUUUUUGGGAGAAAAAAACCACAAUUAGUACUUUUGGACCAUGGUCUGUAUAAAGAGCUUGAUGUUUCCACCAGGACAAACUAUGCUGCACUGUGGAAGGGUUUAGUACUAGCUGAUGCGAAAGCAAUAAAGGAAAAUUGCAUAAAAUUGGGAGCUGGAGAGGAUCUGUAUGCAUUGUUUGCAGGGAUUCUGACAAUGAGGCCAUGGAAUAGAGUUAUUGAUCCAGCUGUCGAUCAUCUUGCUAUUCAAGGAAAUCCCAGUGAUCAAUCAGAGCUUCAGAUGUAUGCUUCCAUGUAUUUUCCUCAAAUUACAGAGCUUCUGCAUAAACUGCCACGUGUCAUCCUUUUGAUGCUGAAAACAAAUGACUGCUUGCGUGCAGUUAAUAACGCAUUGAUAGAAAGACCUUCAGUGGAGUCUUUUAUUAUUAUUGGAAGAGUUUCAUCAGAGGCACUGAUUGAGGAGAAGUUGUUGAAUGCCAAUUCUGUUUUUAGGUUGGUGAGUGUUUGGUUGGAGGAGAUUUCAUUAGAAGCUCGGUUUUUUAUAAUGCAGUUGGCCUUGUGGAUGCUUCAGUUUCGUAGAGCUUUGGUGUUCUAAUCAUGGAGUUAUAUCAUUACAAUGAGUAUACAUACAUCACAGAGAUCACAAAAUCAUGUGGUUUUCAACUAAUUCACUUAUAAAAUUCAUUCUAUAUAGUGUAUUCUUUGGCUAUGAGCCCAUUGUUUUCUACGUAGUACACAAAAAUUCAAUAGAUAAAUUGAAGCUGGACAUGUUGUGAC